CUACAUGUUCCCCGGGGCUGGUUGGUGCUCAGUUGUGCUGUGACGGUGUGACGGUGACGGUGGACGUUCGCUGUGGGUCUAUGUGCCCUGGGACUAGUUCGUGCAGUGCUGAAACCUAGUGUGAAGGGCGGGAGCGAUGCCUAAGCCGGACUUCCACACAAUUGAGCUGAACAAGACGGAAUGGGAGGUGCCGAAAAGAUACACCAUGUUGUCGCCCGUCGGGUCUGGGGCGUACGGGCAGGUCUGCUCAGCGAUGGACAAGAAGACGAACACCAAGGUUGCCAUCAAGAAGUUAGCGCGGCCCUUCCAGACCCACAUCCACGCCAAGAGGACCUAUAGAGAGCUGCGUAUGUUGAAGCACAUGGACCACGAGAAUAUAAUCGGUCUUUUAGAUGUCUUCACGCCGUCCACCACCUUCAAAGACUUCCAGGAUGUGUACCUGGUGACACCACUCAUGGGGGCUGACCUCAAUAACAUCGUCAAAACCCAGAAGUUGACUGACGACCACGUACAGUUCCUCAUCUACCAAGUGUUACGAGGGCUCAAGUACAUCCACUCCGCUGGCAUAAUUCACAGGGACCUCAAGCCCAGCAAUAUUGCAGUCAAUGAAGAUUGUGAGCUGAAGAUUCUGGACUUUGGAUUGGCCCGGCCCACAGAGUCAGAAAUGACAGGUUAUGUGGCCACAAGAUGGUACCGAGCACCAGAAAUUAUGCUCAACUGGAUGCACUACAAUCAGACUGUGGACAUCUGGUCUGUGGGAUGCAUCAUGGCAGAGCUGCUCACAGGGCGAACACUUUUCCCAGGUGCUGACCAUAUUGACCAACUAACGCGCAUCCUGGUGCUGGCUGGAACCCCAGAUGAGGAAACCUUGGCUAAGAUCACCAGUGAUGAGGCAAGGAAUUAUAUUCGUUCCCUUCCACACAUGAGAAAAAAGGAUUUCAGACAAGUGUUCAGAGGAGCCAAUCCCCUUGCGGUGGACCUGCUUGAGAAAAUGCUGGAGCUGGACAGUGAGCGGAGAAUAACAGCAGUCCAGGCGCUGGCCCAUCCCUACCUAGCCCAGUAUGCUGAUCCCUCAGAUGAGCCAGACAGUGAGCCAUAUGAUCAGAGCUUUGAGGACAUGGAGCUCCCUACUGAAAAAUGGAAAGAGCUUGUGUAUGAGGAAGUCACCAACUUCCAGCCCAAACCAACAGUUAUUGCUGAGGAAGUGGAAAAGGCUCAGGCAGCUGGAAAAUGAACCUUCUUUGGUUGUGACUUACGUUGCUCCUAACGUGGAGCUCUCUUGUUGCCAUAUAAGGUCCAGUUCACACCAUGCCCCUGUAAGGUUCAUCCAAACCUUCUCAAGGCCCUGAGGUCACCACUAGUGCCCUCCUGUGUUCCUAUCAGGAAUGUGAGGUGUUAAGAACAUAAGAAAAGGAUGGAAGCUGCAAGAGGCUGUCAGGCCUACACAUGGCAGUCCCUGUAUUUAUUUUAUUUUUUUAUUUAUAAAAUCUAAAAAAAGAAAUAAAUUGUGAAGCAGUAAAAGGAGGAGGAAGAGGAAGAAAAGGAGGGGGGCCACGUGACACAUGCCUCUUAUCUUUCUCCCUUACCAUCCCACUUGCAGCACCAGACUCCUCUUCCCCCCCUCUCUUCCUCUACCUCCCACCCUCCCUUCAUCCCUACCAUCCAAAUCCCAGACCCUCCUCUCCCUCCCUGUCCACCUGGUGACACCUCCUCUACACAUGCUCUCCCAUUCUUCCCUCACACAAUACUUCCAUCAGCCGCCCGCCAGUUUGCUGUGCUUGGGACACCGCCUUUCACUGCCAUCUAGCAAUACAUGGCAGGGCGUCCCUUGCUGUGUCCCUCUCAUCACACCCUCUUCCCUUUCUAACAUUUAGCUCCUAUGUUCCCUGUGAAGUCUUCCAAGAGAGCAGUGAGUCUCUUCAUCUUUAUAUCUUUCUUGGUUACUGAUUCUGAGUGAAGGAUCUUCAAUUCUGCAUGUUUAAUUAGGAUUGAUGCUGUCUUCAUCUCUUGUUCAUGGCUCUCUUUGGCAGUCCUGUGUUCCUCUUGAGCCUUUUCAUAUUUCUCGAGCAGAGUAUUGGGAACACUCUUGUUCUCCUCAAGAUACUCAUUCUUCUCAUGGAUAACUAGCUUGACUUUCUCCAUGAGUUUCUGUUUGUGUUGCUUUAGUAAUUCAUUAAUUUCAUGCAACCUUUCAAAUUUCUUCAAGUUCAAAGAAGAAUUCCUCAGUUUUCUUCAGUUCCUCCUGGGUCUGGCUGUGAUCCUUACUGAUGCUAGCCAACUUUAUUUCCCACUCUUGUUGCUGUUCCUCUCUUCUUGUCAGUGUCUCUUCUCUGCAGCAUCGUAGUUAUCUUUGAUCUUAGAUACAAAGCCCACCAUCUGCUGCACUGUGGCUUUGAGCUUAGUGUGUUUUCUUCCCCUAAACUCGAAAACAACAAAUGCAAUGCUCUGCUCAUCCAUAUUCUUGCUCCACUGCUUUUUUCUCUUCCUCAAAGACACGUCCCUUUCUCAACAUUUCAUCAUGCAAUUAAGGAGGCUUGUGUGCGUGUGUCCGUGUAUCGGUGGGUCUGGGCAGAGUGAUGUGUGACAGGUGUAAUAGAGAGAGAGAAUUUUAUCUGAAUGUGUGAAUGUUUAUGUAUUACAAAGGUGGCAUGUUUAUUUUCUGACAAGGAAGGCAGUUACAUUUUUCUUAAAUAGUCAGGGGAAUUGAAGUAAUAAAUAAUAGAAUGUCUUGGUAGCUGAAAUAUACUUAUAUUUCUCAAUCUCAUAAGUAAUAGUAGUAGCAGUAGCAGCAGUAGCAGUAGCAGUAGUAGUAGUAGUAGUAGCUGUACUUGUACUUGUAAUAACAUUAAUAAUAAUUGUUACACAAAAAAUAAACUUCCAUAUCAAAAUGCUAUGCACAUAGGAGUGUGGUAUUUGCUUGUAGAGAAAUGGCUCCUUGAGUUAUAACAAUCUCCAAUACUGCCAAGUACUUAUUAAGUUGUGCAAAAAUCGAGUUCAUCAGUGAUGCCAAUCUUGUGCCUGACUUGCUGCCUUGUGGCUCAGAAUCACAAUUUUUUUUUUUUCAUUUCACUGGAAGCCAAUAGUUGCCAAUCACUGCCUUGUCUCGUGCAUCACAGCUAUGAACAUAUUUUUUGUUGAGUAUGUAGACUAGAAAUGGGUUAUGUAUGUUUACUUUAAAGAGCUGUAUCAUACUCAUUUUUUAGCAUAAUGUCAGAAAUGUAAAGAAAACCUGUUGUAAAUUUUUAAUCUAAGUUAACUUCUGAAGCCGUGCUCUCCACCUCUCCACCAACCAAGGAGAGGUACUACGUAGUAUACACAGUGCAAUGUAGGGAGGUUGAUGGUAGGCAUGUAAUGUAGUGCAAUGUAGUGAGGUUGCUGGACAGGUUUGGAGGAAGAGGUGGUGCUGACUGCUGUGAAGCAGCAAGAGAGCCAUCACAGCAGUGCAGGGCAUGGACACAGGUCUUGCACCUGCUGCUGUACUCAGCCUAUAAUACUGGUGUUAGAAUAUGACCGCGGCAUUAUUUCACUGGACUUUAAUACCAGGUUGGAGCCUUAUCUAGUUUUAUCACACUAACUUCAGCAUGUUGGAUGAUGUGCUGGAAUUUACUUACAUUUCUGAGGGCUGUCUCUCUACCAUUUGUAGCCUGCUACAGGACAUUUUCUACUUAAAGGGACAAGACCUGUAUUAGCUAGAAAAUUAUGAUUGUCUUAAGAGGCAAACCUAGGACUGUAUAUAAACUAACAAGGAUUCUGCAGAAUUUAUUAACUUCACUUAAUAAUUCAAUAUUAACAAAGACUUAGAAAACUUUAAUAACUUCAGUCAAGCCUGUGUAUUAUGCCCAAAAUUAUAUGAAGAAAUAAAGUCUGAUUUUAAAGUAA